UCUGGCUGGCCAAUGGGAGUGCGCCGAGGGUGAGCCGCAGGUGAAGCGGAUAGCAGCGCAGUGUUCGUUCACACUCGUGUUCUGGCGUCGAUGCGCAUCCAGAAAAACUCCCUUCACGCGGGCCGCGAUGCGAGCGAUCUGCCGCCGCGGGGCUCAAUCUCCAUCUGAUCCGGAUCUGGAGCCUAACCCCGCUGCUUUAUAAUCAACACUGACUUUUCCUGCUUAACAUGUCUGUGCGCAGUAACUCUCUGAUGCCGUUCUCCAUUCAAGCCAUUCUGAACCGAAAAGAGGAGUCUCGACAUUUGAACGAUCUGGAUGUUUGUUUCUCCAAAAGCGCUUGUUGGAAAAUCUUCGAUGAAAUGGAUGGAGCGGAGAGGAGCGACGAGAGAGAGCACAAGAACUACGACUCGGACUCCGGGCUGAGCGAGGACAACGACAGUAAAGCGCAAACCGACGCAAAGCCCGAGAAAGACGCAGAUUUAGCGGACGACACGGAUCCGGAGUGCACGGCCGCGGAGCGCUGCAAAGACUGUGUGUCCGACUGUAAGGCCGGCGAGGAGAAGAGAGAUCAGCCCAAGCAGCGGAAGAAGCGCUCUCGCGCCGCGUUCUCUCACGCGCAGGUGUUCGAGCUCGAGCGACGCUUCAAUCAUCAGCGCUAUCUGUCGGGCCCGGAGCGCGCGGACCUCGCCGCCUCUCUCAAGCUCACCGAGACGCAGGUCAAGAUCUGGUUCCAGAACCGACGCUACAAAACCAAGCGACGCCAGAUGGCCGCCGAUCUGCUGGCCUCGGCCCCGGCGGCGAAGAAAGUGGCCGUGAAGGUGCUGGUGCGGGACGACCGGCGUCAGUACAGCCCCGGAGACCUGCUCCGUCCGCCGCUGCUCUCCUAUUACUACCCCUACACAUACUGCCUUCCCGCCUGGAGCCUGUCCUCCGCAUGCACGGGAAGCCAGUGACACCGGGACUUACACUAUUUAUUCUACUAAAGACAUUCGUUAACUGAACACACCAGGCCCGGUUCUGCGCGGUGCUGGAGGGUGCUCAAACGAAAUCAAUAGCACUCUCAGUUAAAGCUGCAUUAAUGGCAUUUCAUGCAAAUUUUGGCAAACUAUCCAGUGUGUUAUGGUUUGCGGCGUUAUUGCAGCGUUGAGCAGUGCAGCCGAUCACACACAUAUCUGUUGAUUUCUUCAAGCCAACAGCCAAUCAGAGGCGUUUAUGUUCGAAUCCACUCACCGCUCAAAGUUUGUGUUCAUUAUAACGAAGUGUAAAGAGACUCAUUGUGCGGCGUAGAGAACUUCAACUUUGUGAGAUCGCGAUUAAUUAAGAGUGAUUUUUAGAGAUUGUAAACAGCUUGUUGCGCCAUAGCAAUGGACGGCACCUUUAUAAAACCUUUAUAGAUAUAUUAAGGUUAGAGCACCCUCAGUGAUUUGAUUCUGGAGCCGGGCCUGGAGCCCACCGACCGAGGAGCCAAAACCGGGAGAUUUAUUCACAGAACCGCAUUCGAAUUCGGGCCGAAACUGACUUUUUUUUCUUCUGACUAGUAGGCUACUAUAUGAGUUUUACUGCCUAUAAAACACCAUUAGGAUUUUGUUUCAGAAUGUAUGGAAAAUAUGUCGGUUUUUAGCAAACAAUCUUUCUUCUGGUUGGAAAACAGCACUUGAUGUCGUUACUCUGCGCGUUUCUUGCUAUCGGUAAGACUGACACUUUCCCCCACACUUCAAAAUGUUAGCAAAAUACUGGUUUGUUGGACUCAAUAAGUGAGCAGUGAAGUCUCAGCGUUUA